UUGGUCUGGCGCGCGGUUCAGUUCAAAUCUUCCGGCAACGGUUUCGUCAGUCUGCUUCGGGACUCGUCGGUGUCAGCACGCGUAUUCCAAAAACGGGCUUGGCAGCAGUCCAAACCGCGCUGGACUCUGUAUGGACCAGUGGGGUGCUUUGUUGAGAUGGUGUCGUUGAGAGGGUACGGAGGAAAACAGUUUAACUGUAGCACCAUGUGACACAUUGUGCAUCGAAUGGCAGUUUCGGUUAAUGGUGCAUUAGCAACAAAUAAUAAAAAAGCAAACCACUCUUUUGUGGUUAAGAGUGGUUGUAAUUGCCGAUUGCGGUCAGUGAUUAUGCAAUGCAAUUUUUGGUGGGGUACAAAAAGUGUUGGUUGUGUUUGAAUUAUUUAUCCUUGAAGGUAGAGCAAGUGCAUUGAUUGCCGGUGGAGUGCAGUUUACGGUAUGGUGUUCUCACAUUUUAUGUAAAUAAAUAUAGAAUACAUGUCGUUCAAGUGAACUACAUACAUGGAUAGUGUAUAGUGUAAACAGUUUGUCACCGAAGUUUUCUUGAUGCCGUUGGCUGGUGCUGCUCUUUGGAUAUUGUCGCCAUUGCAUUCGAAGUGUAUAAAGCGUUAUGUCUAUGGUACUAUGUCUCUAUGGUACAAGUGAAACCCCUGCUGAAAAUUUGCAAACAAAAGAUUCCUCCACCAUUGGAUUACCGUCAUUCCGGAGGCCUGUCGUAGACUGAAGACUUGAUGAAGCAACCUUUCAUUCCUUCAGGGUGUCAUCCUUAGCUCUCGUCGUCGUCUCGGUCAGCAGUGUAUUGGGGGAAAACGAAGAAAAAUGUGUCACUUUUAUAUCCUCCUUCGGUGUAUACGUUGAACAAAGUCUUUUCGCAACAACGACAAGACGGAUGUCCCUCUAGGAGGCGUCAACGGCGACCAGCACGACUUCGACGACGACAAGCGAAGCCCCCGGCACCGAGGUCGCUGUUCGUGCCGAAACACAUUUAAUGAACCCUGGAGGAUUUCCCAGCCGUGAACGGGACAACAAUUCUAUCGAAAAUAUCGGCAACUUCGGGUUCGCUCAUCGUUGUUGUGUGUAAUAAAGUUUAUUUGCGCUAUUUGGAAGUGCGUGCGAUACCUACGGAGGGAAAAAAGUGUCUGGGUGUUGUGCUCGAAGAGAAGACACGCAAAUAUCGUUCACAGGAGAAACUUUCUCCAUUCUCGUGUAUUGAUAGUAAAAAACGUAUGAAAAGAAAAGUGAUAAAACUCCGGGUAAAAGCGAUGUGUAUCAGCACGACUGCACCGUACAUACCAUCGAACGUGUUCUCAGUUCAUUCAUAUGGUCCUCUUCUUCUGCACCUGACACAUGUUCAAUGGAGGAAGGAAGCUUGAAUCAAUCUAUCGCACAAAAGGCGGCACCAGCACAAGGCACCAACGUCGAUCUCCGGUCUUCGGACAACUCUAAAAGUGUGGAUAAAUUUAUUUACUCACCUUUCAAGUCGGCAGCGGUGAAGAAAACUGUGAAACGACAAAUGCCAGCGUAAUCGGUUGGACGGUCUGAAAACGAGGGAGUGUGUGGUCUCGAUGUGAAGGUUAUGAGUUAUAUUCAGUGAAGAAAAGUUCUCGGCACCGGAAAGGCAAAUUGCUCUCGAGAAGGGAAGAAAUUGUGGCUAGCAUGAGAAAACGUAAGCGAAUUAAAGUGAGUGCAUCGAGUAGUGACGAAGGGGGAGAGCCGAUAAGUUUGAAGUGAAAAGUGUUUGACAAAUGUUAAUAAACUGCAACGGAGCACACCGAGUGUUAGUUUGGAAAUAAGGUUGUGACAUAGAUCCGGUCGAAUAGGUUUGUGCAACAUUGCAAAUACGCCAGUUGGAUCUCCGGAGCAGCGGCAGCAGUCAACAGAAAAUGUAAUAUCUUACGAUAUAAGUGCAGAAGUGUGACAAAACCAGUGUAAAUAGCUGGAAAAUAACUUUUCUGGUGGAAGAUUGGGUUCCAACUAGCAAAAAACUUUGCGCAAUAUCUUGAUGGCAACCGGUCCAGGGAUAGUGCUUGCGUUCUACACAAUCAACAUGGAACUGCAAAUGACGGAAGGAAGCUGAGAGUUGUUGGUCUAAUCCAUACAUCAAGUCGUAGAUAGAAUCCACUUCAUUAAUUAAACAAGAAACUGAACCCCAUCAAGCCGUCAAGAUGACUAUGAACAUCAACAUGGACUCUGACCACCGGGUCGUACUGAACGUUGGCGGCAUCCGCCACGAGACGUACAAAGCGACCCUGAAGAAGAUCCCGGCCACUCGGUUGUCUCGGCUAACGGAGGCGCUGGGAAACUACGAUCCGAUCCUGAACGAGUAUUUCUUCGAUCGACAUCCGGGCGUGUUCGCGCAGGUGCUAAACUAUUACAGAACGGGUAAACUGCACUAUCCAACCGAUGUUUGCGGACCACUGUUCGAAGAAGAGCUUGAAUUUUGGGGACUUGAUUCCAACCAAGUGGAACCAUGUUGCUGGAUGACAUAUACACAGCAUCGUGACACGCAGGAAACAUUAGCCGUUCUCGAGCGGUUGGACCUGGACACGGAAAAGCCCACGGAAGAGGAGCUAGCUCGGAAGUUUGGCUACGAGGACGACUACUACAACGGGACGGUUUCCUGGUGGCAGCACAUGAAACCGCAAAUUUGGUCCCUGUUCGAUGAACCGUACAGCUCUAAUGCUGCUAAAAUAAUUGGUGUGAUAUCGGUGUUCUUCAUAUGUGUGUCGAUUUUGUCCUUUUGCCUGAAAACUCACCCGGAUAUGCGAGUGCCGGUGAUACGGAACACCACGGUCCGGACGGCCAACGGGAGUGUGGCCUGGGUGUUGGAUAAGACCCAAACCAACGCACAUGUGGCGUUCUUUUACAUCGAGUGCGUGUGCAAUGCGUGGUUCACGCUGGAAAUAUUGGUGCGCUUCAUCUCGUCACCGCACAAGUGUGAGUUCAUCACCUCGUCUGUAAAUAUCAUCGACUACAUCGCCACCCUCAGCUUCUACGUGGAUCUGAUACUGCAGCGGUUCGCGUCCCAUCUGGAGAACGCCGAUAUUCUGGAGUUUUUCUCCAUCAUUCGUAUCAUGAGACUGUUCAAGCUGACGCGACACUCCUCGGGGCUGAAAAUCCUCAUCCAGACGUUUCGGGCCUCGGCCAAGGAGUUAACGUUGCUGGUGUUUUUCCUGGUGCUGGGUAUUGUGAUUUUUGCCAGCUUGGUUUACUACGCGGAACGCAUCCAGGCGAAUCCGCACAACGAUUUCAACAGCAUCCCGUUGGGGCUGUGGUGGGCCCUGGUCACAAUGACCACCGUUGGCUACGGCGACAUGGCACCGAAAACCUACAUCGGGAUGUUUGUCGGAGCGUUGUGUGCUUUGGCCGGAGUGCUGACGAUCGCUCUUCCGGUUCCGGUCAUCGUGAGCAAUUUUGCCAUGUACUAUUCGCACACGCAAGCCCGGGCCAAAUUGCCGAAAAAACGUAGACGGGUGAUACCAGUUGAGCAGCUUCGGACGCCACGAGUGGCAGGACAACCGGGAGCUAUGGGAAUGCCCGGUUCGGGUCCGAUGGCUCGCCGCAUGAAUCAGACGAAGACAAAGGAUCUCGGUCCGAAAAUAGGUCCGAUCGGUGCCAGUAUCGUUGCCAUGUGUCCCAAGAACGUGGGCCUUCACACCAAUCCAGCUCUGGCAAUGUGCAAGCCAACGUUCGAGGUUCGACCUCCGGUGAUCAACGCCCUGAACAACCCAACGGUACCACCUCCACCGACAAGCACCAAAACUCUUCUUAUUCCAAGAGAUGCCAGCAUCGGGAAAUUCACCAACAACAAUAAUAAUAAUAAUAACAACAGCAGCACUAUGAACGCAAAUGGUAAUGCCAGCACAGUUACCAGCAAAACCGAAAAUGACAACAACACCAAAUGAAGCCAGGCUGAGUGCCUCGGAAAGUUGGUUCACUGCUUGAAACGUAUUCUCCAACGGAUGGGUGCACUUUUUCGAAGCUUAACUUUGUACAUUCGACAGAGAUAAAUGUAGCUAGCUUUUCUGUAAAUACAUUGAGAAAUCGAAUCCUGUAUAUAUUUUAACAAUCUCGCAGCAUUUAUAGUCUAUAGUUAUGCAGAUUAUCUAAAAAAUUUACUCUUCAUUCUCGGUGGAGUUUUGUCCCUAAAGCGCAACGAAGGCACCAGUUGCAGCGAAGGAAUGCUUUAACAUUAAAUUCUUGCUGAAGAAACAAAUGAAAACAAACACAAUUAUUCUUAUGAUCGCUCAAUUAGAACGUAACAUUUUGGUCCAUAUUGAUUGAACUGCAUCGGAAGAAAGACAUAAUCGGUAGAGAACGACUUUCACCUAGACACUCGCUUUUUGCAGUACAAACCAAACCGCUGAUCGUAUUAGUUGUGAGAGUAAAUCUUCAUUCCACAGGUUUCUUACUUAAAUAACUUAAAAGAGAACGUUUCCAUUAAACAACCACUAACGCUACGGGUCGAAAAAGUUUCACAUUUUCUUUUCGAAGCUUCGUUUAGAUCGGGAUACAUGGACCAAAACCAAUCGUGCACAUAAAUUUCUAAUUCAGACCUAUUUAUAAUAUCCAACGCAAAAUAAAAAAAAAUAGUAUGUCCAAAAAAGUAUUUAACCGCCAUAGGAAGAGAAGGUACUUAUCACAAACAAGAAAAUUAUUUUUCUUUCAAUCAUUCAACACUGAAGUCAUUUUCAAGCGAAGGACAAAAGCAUUUAAUGUGAUACAAGUAGAGUUACUAAAAACGAAGUUUGCACUGGAAUCGAGGAAUUUAUCGAUGUAAACAAAUAACGAAACACGAUCAGAUCGAACAGCUGUGCAAAUUGUUGCGCUGCACUCACAGAGAAACUGUCAAACCAUGUUGUCAACAGAGAUUUUAACAUAUGCUAGUUACCGAAGAAAUUAUAUUUAACAUUAAUCGCUAAGUGUAGAACGAAAAAAAAAAUCGAUAAGGGUACGAUUAAAGCCAAAGCCUGCAUUAGCUACUACUGUUUUUCCGUUUCAUAACACUGAGGCUGGAAUUUCCGUUACAAACAAUCUGAGUGAAUAUCAAUCAAGGAAUAGUGCUUACGGCGCAAACUUUGACCAUGUCUUUCUUUAUCUAAGUAUGAUUGAAUAAAACGCUCACCACAUGCAGUGACAAGUAUGGAUAAGCUA